CGUAGAUAGGGCAUGUUUAUGCCCCGUGACGUAUGCCCCGUGACGUAUGCCUUCAAAAGCACUUGAUCUGAUUUGAAUAUCUGCUACCUAAUGCUAUGUUCAGCGGUGAAGGCCGAACUCCGCCGAGGUAAAACUCCAGCAAGAUUACUGUACAGUGACGGCGCGCUACAGCAAUGCCGAAUUUCGGCUGCGCAGUUUUAUUACAGGAUAAUUCAGUUGAGACGGCAAUGUGUGAACAGUGCUCGCCCUCCCGCGCAAGAGCAAGGACACGUCGGGGAGAUGUUCGCGCGGCCCUGCUUUGUGUAUGCGCCAACUUCUUGCUCAACCACGUGAUCCAAUGUUCCGAAGGUCGUUCGCUUGUUGUUGACCACACGCGCGCGAUAUUCCUGAAAGACGGUCAGCCGUUUCGCUUCCUGGCGGGCGAAAUGCACUACUUUAGGGUUCCGAAGGCAUACUGGAAGGACCGACUCUACAAGAUCAAGAUGGCCGGCCUCAACGCGGUCGCCUUCUACAUCGAGUGGAGCGGACACGAGCCGGAGCCGGGAGUGCACAACUUCCGCGACGAGUACGAUCUGGACGCCUUCCUGAAGGAGAUCAAAGAACAAGGUCUCCUGGCCAUAGCCCGCCCGGGCCCGUACAUCUGCGGGGAGCGCGACAACGGAGGACUCCCGUACUGGCUACUCAGAGAAAACCCCAACAUGAUAUACCGGAGCAGCCACGCGAGCUUUGUAGCGGCAGUGGACCGCUGGUUCGCGAAGCUGCUGCCCAUGCUGGUACCACACCUGUACCGAAACGGUGGCCCGAUCUUCGCCGUGCAAGUCGAGAAUGAGUACGGCCACUACUUCUUGUGCGACCUAGGGUACAUGAGACACCUCAUAACCGUCAUGGAGACUCACAUGGGCACGGACGUCGUGUACUACCGCACCGACUUCCCGGUCGGGAUUUACUACUCCUGCGACUGGGUGCGCGACAUCCUCGUCGCAGGUAACAUCCCGUCGGGCUACGAUGUGGCCACCGUGUUCAGCAUCAUGCAGCGCGCGAACCCGAAGCCGGCCCCCAUGGUCGUCCCCGAGUUCUACACGGGUUGGAUGGACCACUGGGGUUGGUCGCACUUCCACGAGACGAAGGACAGCAUUCUGGAUCCCUUCAAGCGCAUGAUGGCCCACAACGCAUCCGUGACCUUCUACAUGUUCGUAGGUGGCACCAAUUUCGGGUUCAAGUCGGCGAAAGCCAAUUCUUACCCCCUCACGACCAGCUACGACUACGAAGCACCAGUCGCCGAAGACGGCGACAUGAGGCCCAUCUACUACGACAUACGCCAUCUGGCGACCAACUACCUGGGUCACGUGCCCAGCGGCGAGAUGCCCCAAAACACGACCAAGCUUAACGUGGGCCUCGUUAAGGUCAACGAACAUAUAUCCCUGGAAGAAGUGAUGAAUCACUUUCGCAGCAAAGAGUGGCUCAAACUAAAGCAGUCAGUCGACCCGUUGACGUUCGAGUCAAUGAGACACGACUAUGGCUUUCUGAUUUAUAGGACUACAGUCAACCUGGACACCCAGGGUACAGCGUGGCUUUUCCUGCCGAAGCUAAACGAUCGGGCUUACGUUCGCGUCGGAUACAAGCAAUUCAUAUUUUACAAUCAUAUGGUCAGUUAUGGGAUGCCGAAGCUAUUUGAAAAGAUUCCUGUGAAGAAAGGAGACAGCCUCUCCAUUCUCGUGGAGAACAUGGGAAGGGAGUGCUAUGGCUACACUAACCACAACGUGAAGGGUCUCACCGAGGUCCGCCUGGGUAGUUAUGUACUCAAGAACUGGACUAUUGAGGCAGUUCCCAUCAACACGAAUCGAGACAUCAACGAGAUCCUACGUAUAGUCAGAAGACAAGGAGACGGAAGCGUUCCCGGUUUCUUCCACGGGACGUUCACCCUGAAACAAGGACAGAAUCCUGCCGACACGUUCCUGAACCCGUCAGGAUGGAUCAAGGGCUUUGCCUUUAUCAACGGUUUCAAUCUCGGCCGCUACUGGCCUGCUGCUGGGCCACAGGUGACGCUCUACGUGCCGGCCCCGUACAUCAAACCCCACCCAGAAGAGAAUCAGCUGCUACUCUUCGAGACGGAAGGAGCGCCUGCGAAUCGUUUUGUCAAGUUGGUUGACAAACCCUUGCUGGACGCUGAUAUCUUUAAUCCGAGCCCCUGAAGGUGACUCUCGGCUCAUGCGACAAACUGCGUUUAUUUUUUCAUAUUUAUUGGAUGUUGACAAUAGUUGCUGCGCAAGAAGUCAUCGUGGCAUUUGAGCAGUAGACACCAAUACACAAAUUUCCAUGUAUACCGUUUUAUUGCGCCCAUAUUCUCCCUCAGUGUAGGCGGAGCCAAGACAUUCUUCACUUAUCGUUAACCUCCCUACUUCUUGAUUGUGAUCGCUCUCUUUAGGACGCGGUUCGGUUGCAUUAAACAUGAAAGGUGUAAGGAGAUGUCCUCUCGCCAGAAGAAAGAACACCUACGAUGUCACGUACACUUUAAAGGUCUAAUGGCAUGCCGAGAACUUGAAGUAUCGCAUCAUCACAAAAAUAUAAUGCAUUUUGGAUGGCACGAAGUCGUAAAAUGUAGCUUACGCUGGAAAGCUAAGAACGACUAUAAUGAGAGAAUAGUUGAAGGCAGUCGAGCCCGAGUCACUUACAACGGUACCUAUUCAUGAUGGGUGCUGUGCGAUGCCUCUUAUCUAUAGCUUCGCUAAAUUACGAGGAAUAAUCUUCAACAGCGUCGUAUCAAUUACGUUCCCACGCCACUACCGUCCUCAGAAAAAUCAAAGAGAAAAAAAGAGAACGAAACAUAAGCGUCGGCCAUAUCAUACCAUCGGAUGUUACGAUGGCUUUUCAACUAUACCUCACUUGCAAGGAUGUGUCUCCAGUUUAAAAGUGUACUUGUUGUUGCAUGACCCAAUUACCCCAUGACCUCGUCAUUUCUACCAUCAGCCUAAUAUAGUUUAUAUUCUUGAGAAUUAAAGUCGCAUGUUUUCCUCUGCAAGUCUGAAGAGAUAAGAAGACACCUUAUGGAAGACUAUAACAUUCCUGCGGAAGGGACGUAAUUUUGGAACGUUGAACGCCAGUUGAAUAAAACUGAAU